UGCUGCACUCUACGGAUGGCCGGUCGGAUCUGUGACGUCGUUUACGUGCCGUGUUCCUGUUGUGUGUUCGACACGUUGCACAUCGAUAUUCAUAUUGCGAGUGCAUAACCCAGACGUACAAGCUCUAUCGUCUUUCAUGGCUCCAAAAAAACCCGAGGAACCCGAGCGGAAGCCGCUCAUCGGUCGCGUUGGUACUAAUUUAAAAAUGGGCAUAGUCGGGAUACCAAACGUAGGGAAAUCAACUUUCUUCAAUGUUCUCACCAAGAGUCAAGCGGCGGCCGAGAAUUUUCCUUUCUGCACCAUUGAUCCAAAUGAAAGUCGCGUUCCGGUGCCCGACCAAAGGUUCGACUAUCUCUGCGAAUACUUUAAGCCAGCUAGUAAAGUUCCGGCUUUCCUGCACAUAAUGGACAUCGCUGGGCUGGUGAAAGGCGCCGCCGAGGGGCAAGGCUUAGGAAACAAUUUUCUCUCGCACAUCGGAGCUUGUGAUGGCAUAUUUCAUCUCUGUCGUGCCUUUGAAGACGAUGACGUUACCCACGUGGAAGGCGACGUAAAUCCCGUGAGAGAUCUCGAUAUUAUCAGCGAGGAGCUGCGAUUGAAGGAUGUAGAAUUCUUGAACACGCAUCUUGAGAAACUCGAAAAGCUUGUAAUUCGCGGUAAUGAUAAGAAGCUGAAACCUGAAUACGAUACACUUCUAAAAGUAAAAAGCGUUCUAGUGGACGACGUAAAACACAUAAGGUUUGCCGACUGGAGUGCCAAUGAUAUUGAAGUACUCAACAAAUAUUUAUUCCUUACAUCGAAACCAAUUAUCUAUUUGGUUAAUCUGUCGGAAAAGGAUUAUAUACGGAAAAAGAAUAAGUGGUUAAUUAAAAUAAAAGAAUGGGUUGACAAAAACGAUGCAGGAGCAGUGUUAAUCCCUUUCAGCGGCAUUUUCGAAAACAAGAUCUUCGACAUGGACGAGACGGAUCGCUCAAAAUAUUUCGAGGAACAGAAAGUCACCAGUGCACUUGAUAAGAUUAUUGUACAAGGAUACAAGGCAUUACAGUUACAAUACUUUUUCACUGCUGGUCAUGAUGAAGUUAAGGCGUGGACAAUUCAGAAAGGCACGAAAGCACCUCAAGCUGCUGGAAAGAUACACACGGAUUUCGAAAAAGGAUUUAUUAUGGCGGAAGUAAUGAAAUACGAAGAUUUCAAGAAUGAAGGCUCGGAAGGCGCAGUGAAGGCUGCCGGCAAGUAUAGACAGCAAGGACGUAAUUACGUAGUUGAGGAUGGCGAUAUUAUCUUCUUCAAGUUCAACGCAGGAGCCGGGUUAAAAGACGCGAAAAAGAAGUGAUGGCACGCGUUUCUCAUGUUGUUGCUUGUCUACCUGUACAUCAACAUGAUCCUACUAUCUUGCUGCACGCAUCGCCGACGCGUCAAUCAAUCCAAUUCGCUUUCUCCCUGACUUUCAUUCACAAUAAACAAGUAUACAUUUGCAAAAGUGCAGUUAAUGGUCACGAUAUUGACAAUUAUUUUUAUAUUCUAUAGAGAAUUAAUCGUGCUCAUAAGAUAGAUACUUGCAUGACGUUUUAUCUGAAUAAAUAAAAAUUCUUUUUGUUUAGAAUUACGCGCAGAAACAACGUACUCAAUGGCACGGUAUAAUGUCCCUUUUAUAGCAAACAAUGAUAUCAAUGUAGUGGCAAUCGAAACAAGCUGCAUUUUCGCUUUUCUUAUUGUGUGUACAUAAACAGCAGAUCUCCUGAGUUGCAUUUUUCGCUAGGAAAAUGGACGAAUUUGAAAGGAAAGGAAAGAAAACGACAAACACGUAACGCAUUUCUUUGUACUUUUCUGUAUUUAUUCGACAAAUAUUAAAUUAGAUUGAUAUAUGAAAAUUGUAA